AUGCUCCAGCACCUCGUCCUGCUCUCUGCCGUCUUCUUCGUGAAAUGCCUUGCCCAGGAUCACGUCGAUCUGGUCACCUCCCUGCCCGGGCUGACAGAGAGCCCAAACUUCAAACACUAUUCCGGCUACCUUCAGGCUGGUCCUGGGAAAUACUUCCACUAUUGGUUUGUGGAGUCCCAACAUAGCCCAUCAACAGACCCCCUGGUGCUGUGGCUGAAUGGGGGCCCAGGGUGCAGCUCCAUGGAGGGCUUGCUGGCAGAGAACGGCCCUUUCCAUCUGAAGGACGAUGGCAAGGUGUACAUUAAUCCCUACAGCUGGAACAAGCAAGCCAAUGUGCUGUACCUGGACUCCCCAGCGGGGGUGGGAUUCUCCUACUCCACCAGUGGAAACUACCAGAUUGGUGACCCUCAGGUGGCUGAGGACAACUACCAGGCUCUUCAGCAGUUCUUCGUCAGGUUCCCCUCUUUUGUCAGAAAUGACUUCUACGUGUUCGCAGAGAGUUACGGCGGAGUUUACGGACCUUCUCUAUCUAAGCUCAUCGCUAGUGGCACUGCCAAAAUCAACUUCAAGGGAUUUGCAGUGGGCAACGGCAUGUCCAGCUACGCUCUCAAUGACCAGUCGCUCAUAUAUUUCGCAUAUUACCACGGCCUCCUAAGUGAAGAGCUGUGGACCGCUUUAAACCAGUACUGCUGUAACAGCGUCUCCUGCAACUUCUAUAACAACAGCGACACCUCCUGUCAGAACUCAGUAUUCGAUGCCCUCUAUGAGGUUGAAAACAUUGGGCUGAACAUCUACAACCUGUACGAUCAGUGUUACGGUGGGGUGCCCACUAGCCGGUACAUUUCAGACACAUCUAAUCUCUUCCGCCAGUACAGAUUCACGUUCAAAGCCCCGACGAUGGCAUCUAUCCCAGGCGUCCCCAUGUGCAUCAAUGCUACAGCUAUAUACUACUGGCUGAACACACCCAGUGUGCGCACUGCCCUGCACAUCCCCAGCAGUGUGCAGUCCUGGGAGCUCUGCAGCUCCACAGUUGGUGACCUCUACCAGCGGGUCUACAUGGAUAUGACUCCCUUCUACGAGUACCUGCUUCAGAAGGACCUAAAGAUUCUGGUGUACAAUGGUGAUGUUGACAUGGCCUGCAACUUCCUCGGUAGCAAGUGGUUUGUGGAGGGUCUCAACCAGAAGCUGGUGAAGCCAUACCGUCCCUGGUUCUACAACAACCAGAUAGCUGGAUAUGUGGCACAGUAUGAAAAGAUCACCUUCCUCACAGUCAAGGGUUCUGGUCACAUGGUUCCUCAGUACAAGCCAGGGCCAGCUCUCCAGAUGUUCAUGAAUUACCUCUCCGAUUCGUAUUAAAUGUAACACUCAUCCUGUCAUUCUGUGAAUAUGUACUGUAAAAGCAUAUUUUAAAUAAAUCUCAAAUCAUAUAUGUAAUACAUAAAAAUCA